AAUUAGCACUGAAAUUCAUCAAAUCUCAAUUCAAAGCUCCUUCUUCCUUUGAUAAAUUAGGUUUUACAGCAUGGUGGUAGCCCUAGAACCUGGAAGAUUCUACGGCAGCAGCCUCCCUAGACCUAGAUUCUACAAGCCCAACGAACAACGAGUAGAUCCACCACGUUCCGUCCUCGAUCCAUUAAUGUCAUUGGCGGAGGAAGCUCACUGGUCCAUGGGUGGUGUUAGUUUGACGCGUCACCGUCUUCAGGGCCGAAUUGAAGGAAACAUCGAGAAGUUACGUGCAGAGCGUGAGAAAACACCGGAAAAGGAUUCUACGGUGGCUACGUGUACGGAGAGUAGCCCACCUAUGCCUCUUGCUCCGUAUGUGUUGAAGAGGAAAAGGAGGUUGGUUGAUGAAUCUGAGGAUGAUUUGGUGAGAAAGCUUGAGUUCGAGGAGAGGGAUGUGGAAGAAGGUGUUGCUGGGAGGACGAGAAGCCGGAGGAAUGAAGAUGUUGAUGCGGUUAAUCAGGUAAAAUCUAAGAAUGAAAAGAUUAUGAAGAAGAAGAGUCUGAAGAAAGUUGAAUCAGUGAAGAGAACUUCGCCUAGAUUGUUGAAGCGCCGGUCGCCUUGAAGAUGUUUGAUCAUUUGUCUCAAUGAGUGAGAUGUUGUUUGUUGAAGUACAGUGAUAUAGUUUGCUUUCAGUUUUACUUGAUUGAAUCAUGCUGUUAGUGCAACCAGUUGAUAUUUAGAUCCUUUAGAUAAAUGAUAAGAGAAAUUUAUGUGUUUUUUGUCUUCUUGAA